CAGUGCCAGGAGGCGGCCAGAGUUGGCGGUAGGCUGCUCCUGCGAGCCCAGGGACGGGUGCGCGUUGAAUCAUCGCUGGGGGGUGUUCCUCGGUCUGCCUGUUGAAAUCCUUCCGAGCGUUUCCUCCUCCUUCCAGCAGCAGCAGCAGCAGGGUGGCGGACCUCAAGCAGGAGCUCCAUUUCCCACAGAAAGGAAAGUUUCCAUGUUGUCUGGCUGGGGGGCUCGAGGGAGGCCCAGCGCAGGGAGAAGGAAGCCGUCCCAGGACCCCGGCUCCCAGGAGGGCAGGUGCUUUUCAACUCUCGGCAUCAGAAACAGUUUUCUCGCCAUCUGAAGGCCCCCCCCGAGCUUGCCACCUUUUCUCUCCAAGCAACCCGGGGCGCGGCGCUGCUGGGCCACUUCCACCCUCCGAGCAGCAUCGCUAGAUGGACAGGAGGUCCUAAUCGCCCGUCCUCCGAACCACUGGGAAUCCACCAGGCAGAAAGCUGGAAGCAACUCCCAAUAUGAGUGAUUUUUGGCACAAGCUGGGGUGCUGCGUCGUCGAGAAACCGCAGCCGCAGAAGAAGAGACGGAGGAUCGACCGCAGCAUGAUUGGGGAACCGAUGAAUUUUGUCCACCUGACGCACAUUGGGUCCGGCGACAUGGCGAACGAAGGCCUCCCCGUGUCAGGAGCGGUCCAAGAAAUGCGAUCCAAAUGCGGGCGAGAACGGCCGUGGAGCAAUUCCCACAUUUUAUAACUCGGCGGAGUUCCUCCCCACUCCCUUUCAGUGCUAGUUAAUUACAAAAAAAAAACAAAACCCUAAAAAAAAAGAAGAAAGAGAGAAACGCGCAUCUGCAUCACUUGAAUUUCCUGUUUGGUCUUGUCGAAACGGGUUGCCAAACUCAAAGCGCAUGAGUCACUUCGUAACUUAUCCUACGUUAUUUUGUAAGAGCAACAGCCACGACAUGAAUUACUCUGCACAUGGCCAGUUGCUGCGUUUGGGCUUAAUUGUCGGCCCCGCGACACCCGCCCCUCUUGGCGAGCAGAAUUGGGGACUGUCCUUCAUUUACAACUUCGCCGAACAUCCUACAGAGGACUGACCAACGAUGCUUCCACAGCUAACAAACGAUCAAUCGGUAUGUUCCUGUUCCUUUGUAGACCGUCCCUUCUCCGAAGGAACCGCCAGAGAGACUGAAUUAUUCUUGUUACCGAUACUUUCGCAGAGGUUUGUCCACUGGAUUUUAUUCUUAAGGAUGUAUCCUGGCCGCCACGCAAGACAUUUUGGGUGCCCUUAAUGCGUGCGCGGCCCCCGUCUCGCGGAACGAUCCCUCCGGAUGCUGGCAAAUCGAGUUCUGGAUGCCCGACAGCCCUCCAGGCUGAGGCAGCGGGUGCUAAAACAGGGUUGGUGGCGUUACGGUUGCUAGCCAGUGGGUGCUGAUCCUUUCAGCGAGGUGGGAGCAGCGCACCCCGCGGACCAAGCCGAACCCAAACAGCAAUAUGGGGCGUGGGAUUUUCUCCCCAAGGCAGGCCUUGCACAACUUUCUGUCCUAAAUCAGUCGCCCCUCUGCUCUUUCGACAAAUGGGGAUCCAGAGAAGUCCAGCUCUGCGGCGUGCGGAAACCUUGGGGUCGAGAGGUAAGCCGAGGGGCCCCGCCGCUCAAAUUACAGCAGCCAGAAUUCCCCCUCGGACCCCUUUCCUUCACGGAUUGAAACCACCCUGCAGCGGGAACAGCGGGAGACCGAAGCAAAAAUUGCAACUGCUGGGCAAGGAAAUACCACAUUUCUGUAAGCUUGUAAAAUGCGGUUGGAGAGAAUGUCCCGCGGAGACUCUUUCCCGUAGGAGGUUUGGCCCCAAGACUUCCGUCCGAAGGCUACGUUAUCUGCAGCAGCAUUUGAUCCUUCGAUUAGAUGGUUCUCUUCUCCGGCCGGAUUCCCUAAAAAAAAGGUGGAGGCUGCGCCGUAGAAAUCCUGCGGUCAGAACCGCUGUUUCCAAUACUUCCCAGGCUUGAUUCUCCUGCGCUCCCCCACCCUGGUUCUCGCUCUGCGGACCUGAUUUUCGAAGACGAGGAAAGAGCCAAAACAGGCCUUUAGACUGAGGAGAAGAAAAUACAUUUCAAGUUCCAGGGCCUGCUUUUGCAGCGCCCUGACAUCCGGGGUUGUGGAAGAUUGGCCCGGCAGGGGAUCUUCUCGCGCUCUCUCCGAAACCGGCGUUGCAGUCCGUAUGAUGCCACCAGGCUGAGCACGGGAAUCGCCUGACGAUUCCCACUGCAACGACCCCCACCCCAAUUUUCUGUGCCUGUUGCUCUUCCUUUGCCUGUCUGGCAUUCCUCGCAAGCAGGUCUGAAGGGGUUAAUUCCAGAGCGGAAACCUUGAGAAGCGAAUAAAGAAAUUCUGACAAUUUUUUUCCUUUUUCCUGGCCCUAGAACUGCUAGAUGUAAAAUUAAAGAUGUCAUUUUUCCCCCCUCUGUGCUGACCAAGCAAAAGUUAAAUGUCCAAGCAGAACAGCCGUUUUGCUACCGAAUUUUUAAUUUUCUGGCCUUCCAAAGCUGGAAGACUACAACUUCCAUUAUUCCUACAUGUUGGCGGAGGAUGAGGGGAUCUAUAGUUUAACUUACCUGGAGAGCAUCGCUUUUCCCUCCAACAAUUUAGCUGAUGGGUCGAUUUUUUUUUUAAGUAGAACUUUUGCCAUGUUUAUUUUUCCCAGCUGGUCUGGGGUUAAAAAUUAUUGCUUUGGGAAAGAAGAAUAGCUGGGCUGUUCAACUGUCUUUUAUUAGCCAGAAAGGUUAUCUUUAUUCUUUUUGCAAACAAAAGAUUAUCGUGUGUGUGAAGGGAGGGAGAAAACCUGUUUGAAUAUAAUGUUGUCUUUCUAAAAAAAGAGUGUUAUCAGCAAUCGACACACUGAAAUCUGGGGUAAGGGAAUGCUGUAUUGUGCUGAUUUGGUCUUUUUAAAAAAAAGUUUUUAGGCUUAGAGCGACAGAAGAAUUAUGCAAUCUGUUUCUUCUUUCUCGUAUCUUCCUGAAUGUUUCUCCCUCAUGUUCCAGAGAGUGUAACGUAUGCUUGGAAAACCAAAAUUAAAUGGCAAAGGAGAA